AUGUCCGACCUCGACCAUGCAAUCGCACAGCUCCGCGCAUGUCGUCCCAUCCCCGAACCACAAGUCCGCGAGCUAUGCUACCGAGCACGAGAACUCCUCAUCGAAGAAUCAAACGUCGUAACGGUCGAUGCGCCAGUCACAAUAUGCGGAGAUAUACACGGUCAAUUCCACGACCUAAUGGAACUGUUUCGCGUGGCAGGAGACGUGCCUGACACAAGUUACCUGUUCAUGGGCGAUUUCGUGGAUCGUGGAUUCUACAGUCUGGAAAGUUUUCUACUGUUGCUGUGUUUGAAAGUGCGGUAUCCUGAUAGGGUGACAUUGAUAAGAGGAAAUCACGAAUCGAGGCAGAUAACGACGGUUUACGGCUUUUACGACGAGUGUGUACGUAAAUAUGGCUCGGCGAAUGUCUGGAGGUAUUGCUGUGAGGUUUUUGAUUACCUCGCUCUAGGUGCUUUGGUGUUGGGCGCAAGUACAGAAGUGCCGGAAAAUAGGAUACAACAGCAAAACCAUGACACGCAAUCGACGUUGCAGAUACCGGAAGGCGAGAUAGAGUGCGAAGUCCUUGAUGCGAGUGGAGAAGUUCGUGAUAAGAUGUUGCGCAGACAAUUCAAUCUUUCGGCGCCUAGUCCAAGCAUGACUUCUCGUAUAUCGUCCGCGCCGGAUCGAGAUCCAGAAGAACCGCCAUCAUCACCUCUCACAGAAGUGAUACCGUCACCUGGUCAGCCCGCGGUACAAUCGCCGCCUUCCCUAUUCAGACCACCAUCUACCACGACUGGCGCCCUCUUAUGUGUGCAUGGCGGUCUCUCACCACUGAUAGACAACAUAAAUCAGAUUCGCCUCCUGGACCGCAAACAAGAAGUACCUCACGAAGGCGCCAUGUGCGACCUGCUAUGGAGUGAUCCAGACGACAUCGAAGGCUGGGGACUAUCUCCACGUGGAGCAGGUUUUCUGUUCGGUGCAGACGUUGUCCGCAAAUUCAAUCAUCAGAACGAUAUAAGUAUGGUCGCGAGAGCGCAUCAGCUAGUCAUGGAGGGCUACAAGGAAAUGUUCGAGAAACAGAUAGUCACUGUGUGGAGCGCGCCAAACUACUGUUACAGAUGUGGCAAUGUUGCCGCCGUAAUGGAAAUUGGCGAAGACGCGUCAAAUGGUGGUUCUGUACGCCGAGUUGGCGGCACUGAAGGUAGAAGAGAAAUGGUCGGUGCUGAACAGCACGGUAGUAGAAAUGUCGUUGGUGAUGGCGAAACUACAAAUGGUAACAACACAGGUACAAGCGCGGUAAUGUGGAAUCUUGCCACCCCUGGUAGACGGUACAGGGUCUUCGAGGCUGCACCACAAGGUACGAGGGGCAUGCCAGCUAAGAAGCCAGUCGGAGAGUAUUUCUUGUAA